GGCGCGGCCCGGCGGGUACGGGGCCCCGUGAGGCCUGACUGCCAUCGGAGAGCGGGACGAGGAGAUGGAGGGCGGGGGGCUGAGCGAGGAGGAGGAGGAGUCCUUCGGUCAUGGGGAGGGGGAGGAGGAGGAGGAGGAGGAGGGUGACGAGGAAGAGAAACCGCUGUCGGAAGAGGAAGAGGAAGAGGAGAAGCAGGUGCUGGUCGCGUGUCCCCUGACGGAGGAGAUGCUGAAGGAGGGCCUCUCCCUCCUCUGCAAAAUUGGCAACGGCCUGGCGCACGCUUAUGUGAAGUUUGAAGCCAAGUAUAAGGACUUGACAGACAUCAGUCUCCUUGAAUGCUUCAUUCACCUGCGGUAUGUGGAUUUGUCAGAGAACAAGCUGCAGGAUUUGUCUCCAUUGAGCAGCCUAACCCACCUGCUUUGGCUGAAGGUGGAUGGGAAUCUGCUUAGCAGUGCCCACAUGCAGGAGCUUCCCUACCUCCAGUUCAUCAGCUUUGCUCACAACCACAUCAAGAAUAUGGAGGGUAUUACUCACCCCCACUUAACCAGCCUCAGCCUUAAAGGUGGUACAGACUACUCUCUUCAUUAUUGUGCAUAUAGAAAACUCUCUUUGAGUGGUAUUAACUCUCAUUAUUUCUUCGUCCUCUGGCACUCAGGAAAUAAAAUCCCAACAGCACUGGGUCUGAGUCAAGCAUUGUAUAGCCUGCGUACCCUGGAGCUGCGAGGAAACAAGCUAGAGAGCACAGCAGGGCUUUACCUUCCCAAGCUCAAGAACCUCUAUCUGGCCCAGAAUGCCAUUAGGAGCCUUGAAGGCCUUGAGGCACUAGAGCAGUUGUCAACUCUGCACCUGCGUGACAAUGAGCUUGAGACCCUGGAUGGAUUCUCUAGCAGCAUGAAGUGCCUGCAGUACCUCAAUCUACGGAACAAUGGGAUCAGUAGCUUGCAGGAAGUGGCAAAACUGCAGGUGCUCCCCAUGCUGCAGGCCCUGGUGCUGAUGGAGAAUCCGUGCUCAGAUGAAGCAAACUACCAGCAGGAGGUCCUGGUCCAGCUGCCACACCUGAAGCGUCUCGACAAGGAACCAGUUGAGCAAAAUUAGCAUGCAGAGGCAAAUGAAAUCUGUUAGAAAAGGCAGGAAAAUGAAAAGGAAAUGGAGGUAUCUCUCCAGAGUGAUGUGACUGAGUGAUCUCUGGUUUAAAUCCCUGUUCCCUGCAAAGAUUGGGGGAUGCAUCUUCCCAUGUGCAAAGCGAGAGCUGUAGGUAUGAGGUUCACCUCAUUUUGCCUGAAGAAGAGAGGAGUAUCCUGGAUGCUGCUUUCAGUUACUGCAGUGUUUUUACAGUCUCUGCACGUACAUACCCCAAGUAGUCCCAAGAGGGAAAAGGGGGGUUACAAAUUGUGUGGUUUGCUUUAUGGCUUGCAGAAAUUCUACAUGAUUUUCUUAUUUGGAUAAAAAUAUUUAAUGAGUC